CCCAAAGGCACCAGACAGCUGGAAGAAGAAUGCUCAGGGGCCGCUCCUUGUCGGUGACGUCCCUUGGUGGGCUCCCUGUGUGGGAAGCUGAAAGACUCCCUGUGGAAGACUUACUGCUUUUUGAAGUUUCUUGGGAGGUGACCAACAAAGUUGGGGGCAUCUGUACAGUGAUCCAGACCAAGGCCAAAACAACAGCUGACGAAUGGGGCGAUAACUACUUCCUGAUAGGUCCAUAUUUUGAGCAUAAUAUGAAGACUCAAGUAGAACAGUGUGAGCCCGCCAACGAUGCUGUCAGAAAAGCCAUCGAUGCGAUGAAUAAACAUGGCUGCCAGGUGCAUUUUGGAAGAUGGCUCAUAGAAGGGAGUCCCUAUGUGGUACUUUUUGACAUCAGCUCCUCGGCAUGGAACCUGGACAGGUGGAAGGGUGACUUCUGGGAAGCGUGCGGAGUCGGCAUCCCCCAUCAUGACCGAGAAGCCAAUGACAUGCUCAUAUUUGGGUCUUUAACUGCCUGGUUCUUAAAGGAGGUGACAGACCAUGCAGACGGUAAACACAUCAUUGCCCAGUUCCAUGAGUGGCAGGCUGGGACUGGUCUGAUCCUUUCUCGUGCCAGGAAACUCCCCAUUGCCACUGUCUUCACAACCCAUGCCACACUGCUUGGGCGGUACCUCUGUGCAGCAAAUAUUGACUUCUACAACCAGCUUGACAAGUUCGACAUAGACAAAGAGGCGGGGGAGAGGCAGAUUUACCACCGCUACUGCAUGGAGCGGGCUUCUGUGCACUGUGCGCACGUGUUCACCACGGUGUCAGAAAUCACAGCCAUCGAAGCGGAGCACAUGCUGAAGAGGAAGCCAGAUGUAGUGACUCCAAAUGGCUUGAAUGUUAAGAAGUUUUCUGCAGUGCAUGAAUUUCAAAAUCUCCACGCCAUGUACAAGGCCAGAAUACAGGAUUUUGUUCGAGGACAUUUCUAUGGUCAUCUGGACUUUGAUCUUGAAAAGACUUUAUUCCUUUUCAUUGCUGGGAGGUAUGAGUUCUCAAACAAAGGAGCAGACAUCUUCCUGGAAGCCUUAUCCAGGCUCAACUUCCUCCUAAGGAUGCAUAAGAGUAACGUCACCGUGGUAGUGUUUUUCAUCAUGCCUGCCAAGACAAACAAUUUCAACGUGGAAACCCUGAAGGGCCAGGCGGUGCGGAAACAGCUGUGGGACACUGUGCAUUGUAUGAAGGAAAAGUUUGGGAAGAAACUCUAUGAUGGGUUAUUAAGAGGAGAAAUUCCUGACAUGAAUAGUAUUUUGGAUCGAGAUGACUUAACAAUUAUGAAAAGAGCCAUUUUUUCAACUCAGAGACAGUCUUUGCCUCCUGUGACCACUCACAAUAUGAUCGAUGAUUCCACGGAUCCCAUCCUCAGCACCAUUAGACGAAUCGGACUUUUCAACAAUCGUGCAGACAGAGUCAAGGUGAUUUUACAUCCAGAAUUCCUGUCCUCCACCAGCCCCCUACUACCCAUGGAUUAUGAAGAGUUUGUCCGAGGUUGUCACCUUGGGGUGUUUCCAUCAUACUAUGAACCCUGGGGUUACACGCCAGCUGAAUGCACAGUGAUGGGUAUCCCCAGUGUGACGACAAACCUCUCUGGUUUCGGGUGUUUCGUGCAGGAGCACGUGGCUGACCCUACUGCAUACGGUAUUUACAUCGUCGACAGACGCUUUCGCUCUCCAGAUGAUUCUUGCAACCAGCUGACUCAGUUUCUCUACGGGUUUUGUAAACAGUCACGCCGCCAAAGAAUCAUCCAGAGGAACCGCACAGAGAGGCUUUCAGAUCUCCUGGACUGGAGAUACCUCGGCAGAUAUUACCAGCAUGCCAGACACUUGACAUUGAGUAGGGCUUUUCCAGACAAGUUCCACCUGGAGCCCACAUCACCACCAACGACAGAUGGCUUUAGGUACCCUAGGCCCUCCUCAGUGCCGCCUUCUCCGUCAGGAUCGCAGGCCUCCAGUCCUCAGAGCAGUGAUGUGGAAAACGAAGGAGAUGAGGAUGAGAGGUACGAUGAGGAAGAGGAGGCUGAGCGGGACCGGCUAAAUAUCAAGUCACCGUUUUCUCUGAACCACGUUCCAAAGGGGAAGAAAAAGCUUCAUGGAGAAUACAAGAACUGACUGAGCUCAAAUGAAGUGAGAUGAUUCAAAGUCCACAAGAGAGCGAGCUGCCCCGAGCCCAGAUCCCGAUGCAUGCCGACAGAUAUUUGCAGUCUAAAUCUAGAAUCUGCGUCUAGUUCAUCGGUAGUAACUUGUAGCCACCGACGUGUGUCCCCUUACUGUAACGGUACUUUUGUGGUCUAAUUGGAAAUUUCAAUCUGUUAUAGAUAAUAAAUCCCCAAAUUCAAAUGA